ACUCGACACCAUUAACUGCUUACCACGCCAGUUCAACGUUUCGAGUACAAAAUUGAAGAAGUUGAUAAUAAACACCGGUUUUUGCAAAAUGCAGGUCUCUGUUGCAUUUCUGUUGAUUUUCUCUUCUUUCGUAUCUCAAUCAAGUUUUGCCAGGAGGUCUACACGUUGCCAUAAAGACAUAUCAAGCUUAGACAACAGAAUUAAAGACGAGCUCUUCAAAAUGAAGAAUGAGAUAUUGCAGGUUAUAACAGAGGAGUUGAAAACAGCAAAAGAGGACUCUUGGAAGGAGAUCAAGGAAUUAUCUGAAAGGGUUUCGGCGAUGAGGGAAGAUAUUUUGUCAAAAAUCGCAAACGUAGAAAUACUCAUGAACGCAACAGUGACAGAUUCGGACAACGAUACAUUUUCCUUUGCUCAUAAUGAAACCAACGCCACAAUCACACAGCCAAAAAUGGAAGAACCGGUUCCCACAGAUGUCCCUACUGAUGAAUAUCCAAUGGUGUUAUUUACGAAUAAAGACUACACUGGGAAGUCAGUACCGUGGCGGGCACAUCACUGGGUCAUGAUUGCUGACAUUUCGAAUCCGACAGUAUCUAUCUACAAUUCGUUCAAGAUUAUCGAUGGAAGGAGUAUUAAGAUGAGGGGAUGCUGUACAGACGAUGGGUCGUACAAGUACCACACCUUUAAGAAUGUCAAAGACACGUCGUUUAUCGAUAAUAUGUUCUAUGUAACACCGUUUUCAAUGUGGGAUAACGGAUGGGGAGAUUUAAAAAAGGAUUUUGCAAUAAGAGUGUCCACAUUCCAACCGCGGGCAUCUUCGUGUAAUGUGACUUGUCGUUAUGGUGGAUGUACAGAAGAAGGGCUUUGCCAGUGUUACGAUGGUUACGGCGGGGUUGAUUGCUCUAUUGUUGAGAAAAACAACAUCGUCCGUGUGAAUGAAAGCCUGCCAACCUACAGAGAACCGUUAGUGCUAUUUUCAAACAAAUUCUAUACAGGUUCCACGUUAAGGGUGGGGACAAAAGAUAACAUGACGCACUCUUUUGGGAGCAACGGGAGUGGAUUAGCGUACAAGUCGCUCAGAGUGUUUGGGCAGGCUCAUAUACGUUGGCAAAUUAAAGACAAUAAAGCUGGUAAAUCCAUCUCACGAUUGGAUUUUAUGUCUGGUGACAUUCCGGACAUUAAUAUGUAUAUGAAGGAUAAUGGACACUACAAAACUGACAACAAUGUAGUGUUGAAUCAACGUGACAAAUCGCCAAAUCAAAUGACUUUCACAGUCUCAGUUGAGGGAUGGAAUUGCGCCUCGUGUAAUCCGAAUGGCGGAUUCUGCUACAAUUUUGGCGCUACUUGUGCUGGGUAUAAUGGGAAGGGUUGUAUCAGUAAAAGGUUUCGUGGAGCAAACUGUGAACCGAAAUGAAAUAUAACGUAUUUAAAAUAAACACGUCUGUACAUGUAGUUGAUUUGAAAACACAGAAUAAAAUUUAAAGCUUGUGAAUCAGUAUGCUGUUAUUAUCCCAUCGAACGAAGUUCGGAGGGAUAUAGGG